CUGUAUCUGCAGCUUAGGAGCUCAUAUUAAGUUCUCUGGUCUGUUAUGUGUGAACUCAGCUGCAGUGAAACUCAAUAUCGCACUAAAACCACAUUCAUCUGUGGAGAAGAUCACUGUGAAUAAUCUGCAGCUACACUGCACGUUCAGUAACAAUUUAGUAACGAGUAGAAAGUGUGUUUCCACAUAGAAACUGUUCCAUUUCACAAUGCAUGCUUUUCAUAACAGGAAUUAUGGGCUAGGUUGUGGGGUUUGGACUUGGAGUUGCUCUGGCUCUUACCACACUGAGCAGAUUAGCAUCAAUAUUAGCAUUAAUCUGUAAUAUAAAUCUUGUUUGCUCUGUUUUGGCUUCCAGUGACUUCUAAAGGAAGUAUUGAGGUUUUCUAACCUAAAACAGACCAAAAGACUGAGACUAUUCAGAAGAAUAAACAUAGUUCAUGCCAAAAAAGUAGCAUUUUAAUUACUAUGUGACUUCCAGAUAGCUGUAUCUAUCUAGAAACUAAUGAUUUUUUUCAUCGUCUGUUAAUCUGUCUGUUAUGUUUUGGAAUAAUUGAUUUGUUGUUUGGAUGAUGAAAUGGUGAAAAACAUCAAUUGAUGUUUCCCAAAUGCCAAGAGGACAAAUGUUUUGAGCACAAUCCAAAGAUAUUCAGUUUACAGUCAUAGAGGAGGAAAGAAACGAUAAAAUAUUCCCAUUUUCGAAGCUUUAAUGAUCUGAUUUUCCUUUUUCCAUCAAUUGGUGAUCAAAAGACUGAGUGAUUCAUCUAAUACUUUACAACGAAUCAAUUAAGCGAUUAAUUGACAAGUCUCUAAUAUAUAUUUCGCAGCCUUUUUGAGGUUCACAGCACCCAGAUUGAGGAAAAACUGCUUGUUUCUGUUUCAUGCCAUCAUGUUAUAAUGGUAUGAAAGAGAAGACGGUAUGCUGCCAUUCACAUUUCUUAAGAUUUGCGUGAGAACUACGAGCUUGUCUCUGUCUAGUGUUUUACAGGAGGUUAUAUGCUGGAUUAAGUAUUGGCAGGAAACCUCCUCCAACCCUCUAUGCUGCCAAGAAAUAGACCAAUACAGAGCCUCUUGUAAAUGUAGAAUUAUCAUUUUUCCAGCUGAAUGUUUUCAAACUGGCCUCUUGCUUUAUAGCUGCACAUUUACUGUAUGUGCAUAAAAGAGUCAUUAAAACAUCAAAUCUCAGCAAAAAAGUGAAUUUCUCAAAAUGCUGAACUCCUCUUUUAGAUGCUCCCUGAAUGAUGACAAUUUUCUGUUGAGAAACGAGCUAAUUAAGCGACUAAUCAUAGCAGUAGUGCACAAGUCUGUAGCCUGCAGUGCUGAUAUGUGCACCUGUCUGCUUUCCACUCAAAAGUUUUGCGCUCAGCUUACCUCGGAGCUACAUGAAAGAUGUGUACAAUGAAGCUUCUGUUGGCGGGAGGAGUGUUUUAGGGCAGGGAAUGUGUGUGAGAGAUGAGGCCUGGCUUCUGUAUAUGUAUAUAUGUGUGUGUAUGUUGAACAGGAGAACAGGCCCUGCCCCUGUUACAGCCCUGCAGCUAUGAAAUUCCUACUGAGAGACGACUUGUCUCAGCCCGGCCAGCCAGCGCCCUACACUCAGUCCAACACACACACAUGCCGUCUUUGAAAAUGCACAUUAAGGCUGCACUGGGUCUAAUUUUAUCCUGUCUGGGCAAGAAUACACUUGUCUCGUGCAAGAUUGCUGAGGAAUGAGGGAGCCUGCUAAGACCUGCCCCAGAGAAGGGUGAAAAGAGAAAGAAGGGAUAAGGAAACGGUGAGAGCUGAGUAGAUGAAUGAGCGCUAGAGAAAGAGGUGCACGCGAUCACUGGGGAUACAACGGGUUUUAUUGUUUACCUGGUCUUCUGUAAGACGCAGAAGAGGCAGCAAACAGGUGAGUGAGUGGCAGCUUAGACUGAAAAUAAUAAUAAAAAAAACACUGAAAAUACUUUUGUGGGCAUGGAGGGAGCUGGAGUAGUGUCUGAUUGUUUUUUACUAGCUUGACUCUUGUCUCCCUGGAAAGUUCACAUUGAGUUUACAUGAACUAAGGUGUGAAAUGGCACUGUGGGUAGCAGACAGUGAUUCAAUCUCGUCGCACAGAAUGAAGCCUCACACUCACAGCAGAACGAACGUGGGGAAUAAUGCAGCCUUGAGACAAGCUAGUGCUGACGUGUCUUCAGCUUGUGGAUUGAGGGCUCGAUUAUUACACAGGACUGAUCUGCUUGUGGGAAACUGCGUUAUCAACAACCACAGAGGCCUGAUGUUGUGUGUAUCAGUUACUGUAUUAAGACAAUUAGUCUGUAUCUGGGUAUCUUGAGUCGGGUCUGCAGAGCAUGUGCCGGAGGAGCAGGAGGGUUUAUGGGUAAAGAGAGAGGUCAAGGCCGAGCCUACCUGAGCCACGUCUGUUGGUCUGUUUCAUACGAGCUGUGUCAUCGGCGGUCAGACACAGGAGGUGAGGAAACCUUUGUUUGCUUCCUGUUUCCUGCCUGUGAUGUCACCCAGAAUGCAGGCUGCAGCUCGGAGCGGAUCGAACUGCUUGCUCUGCAAGACUGGAAGAGGUGCUUUUGAGGUUGAUGGUUUUUGUGUGUGUGUGAGAGCGUGUCUACUGUCUACAAUCUCAGUUUUCACCAUAUUAGGGUACUGGAGGAAACUCAGGGGUGUCUGCAGCGGGUGACAUGAAGUACUCAAAUCAAGAGGCAUUAUGACAAAGUUAAGAUGUUUUUCAUUUGCAUAAAUGAAAUUAAGAGCACUUGUUUUACAGCAGAUUGGCUCCAUGAUUGAUAUUUUAUUAGAUAACAUUAUGUGUGUAGCGUGUUGUUUGUGCUGAUGCUUCAAAUGUUAUUUUUGGACAACUCACCAGACCUCUGAUUUUUGAUUAAAUAAAGCUAUCUCACAAGUUUGCAGGUGAAAUAUGUGUUUGGUUCUGCAAACAGCUCAAAGAGUCAAAUGCAAGAGCCAAUAUAAGAGUGUAAAGGUAUUCUUUAUUCAACAUUUUGUGUUGUGAGUUUGCACAAAAAUGCUCUAUAAUGGAUAUUUUACUAGAUAACGUGUGACAGUGCUAUGUUGUUGGUGCUGAUGCAGCAAUAACUAGGAAACAUUUCAGUGCUGUAGCUGUGUUUAGUUCAGGUUCAAGCCUUAUCUAAAGGUUAGCAAGAUAACCGUGAGUGACCUUAAGAUAACUCCUGAGUGAGAAGGAAAACAAAAUUCUUGUGAGCUUUUUGGGUAGAUUAUGUAAUUUUUUUGACAGGCAAAAUGCCUCUUUGGAACUGCAAACAAACUCAAAGAGUCAAGUACUAGAGCCAAUAUGACUAAAAAUGUUGUUCAUUCAGAAUUUACUUUGUGCAUAAGCAUUACCAGCAUAAAGUCAGUUAGGUGUGCUUGUUUUGCAGAAAAUUUACUCUAUGAUUAAUAGUUUAUUACAUAACAUUAUGUGUGAUGUUAAUAUGUUGUUAGUUCUGAUGUAUCAGUAGCUAUAUCUGGCCAGACCUCAAAUUAUUACUUUAAUGAAGCCAUCUCAUAGGUUUGUAGGUAAAAUGUCUCUUUUGAAGUGCAAACAGCUCAAAGAGUUCAGCGUAAGAGCCAACAUACCUGUGUAAAAGUGAUUUUCUUUCAAAUUUUUACUUUGUGCAUUGGUGUUACCAGCAUAUGUGAGAUUUAAAGCACCUUCACAGCAGAAUAUUGGCUCCAUGGUUGAUGUUUUAUUAUAUAUUAUGAUUUAUGAUGUUAUUAUGUUGGUAAUUCUGGUGAUUUAACAGCUCGGAAACAUUUUAGUGCUGUAGUUGUGUACAAUUGGAUAGUUCAGUCCUGUGGUUUUCAGAAAGUCAGGGCCCCAUCCACUCUUUCAUUGGCUUUUAUGUUCCCCAAAUAUGUGCUGUUUGGAUAGAUUGUCCAAUUUUUGGGUAAUUCUAUCUCCUUAGACCUCAAAACGCUUCUUAAAUAAAACCAUCUGACAAUUUUACCAGUGAGACAUUGGUUCGGUGCUGCAAACCACCUAAAGACAUCUGAAAUCUGACACUGCAUUGUAGUUUAGUAUAUUAUUAUAUGUUGAUCGACGUACAAUCCAUGUCCUAAAACUCGCUAAUGACUGUAGCUUUCAGAUACAUGCAGUGGAGUAAGAAGUAGAAUGCUUUUCUCUGAAACGCUGUAGAGUAGAAGUAUGACAUGGCAUGAAGUGGAACAACUAAUAAGUCGAGUGCAAGCAAGUCAGACUGAACUCCAGCAAACUGCUACUGAGCUGAUCUUUACUUCUCCCUCUUCUGCUCCAGUUGUCAUACCUUUCUUAGUCACUCAUAGACACUCUUCUCUCUCUCUCUGCCUCCUUUCCUUCCUCAUUCAUUCGUAACUGUGAGCGAGACUCAACACGUCACUUUGUCCAUUCAGCGCUCUGCUUCCUGUUCACACUCUUCCCUUCGCUCCAACACUCAGCGCCGGUCCUCAGGUUGCAUGGAUGGAUUAGUCAGAUCUCUGUGAACGUGUGUGUGUAGAUGUGUGACAGCGGAGUGUGUGAGGACAAGCCCCCCGCCCCCCCUGUCAGGAUGAGCAGCCAAGGAGGAGGAACCAAGGACCCCCAGUCAGCCAAUCACAGCUCUCGGCCGCUGCCGUCUGUACCGGAGGAGAGGAAGUCCAGAAACAAGAUCAUCUCCAUGUUCGCCUCUGAGAAAGGGGGCAGGAAGAAGGACCGGGACAAGGACAGGCCUGAGAUCUCUUCACCUUCAGACUUUGAACACACCAUCCAUGUGGGUUUUGAUGCUGUUACCGGAGAAUUCACUGGAAUGCCGGAGCAAUGGGCCCGUCUUCUCCAAACCUCCAACAUCAGUAAAUCAGAACAGAAGCAGAACCCUCAGGCCGUCCUCGACAUUCUCAAGUUCUACGAUUCCACCAGUGGAAAACAGAAAUACCUCAGUUUUUCCGCCUCGGAUAAAGAUUCACAAUCGCCGGGCAAGCAGGGUACUGCGACCUCCCCGUCAGGCAAAGAUGGAGACGACGACGAUGACGAUGAUACACCACCUCCAGUUGUGGCACCACGGCCGGAGCACACAAAAUCAGUGUAUACAAAGUCAGUGAUUGACCCGAUCCCAGCUCCAGAUGGAGACGCCGCCUCCAAGGCAGCUGACAAGCAGAAGAAGAAGGGAGGCAAGAUGACCGACGAGGAGAUCAUGGACAAACUAAGAACUAUUGUAAGUAUUGGAGAUCCUAAGAAGAAAUACACCCGCUAUGAAAAGAUCGGCCAGGGGGCAUCUGGCACAGUUUACACAGCCAUAGAUGUUUCCACAGGACAAGAGGUGGCCAUCAAGCAGAUCAACUUACAGAAACAGCCAAAGAAAGAGCUAAUUAUCAACGAGAUCCUGGUCAUGAAGGAGAUGAAGAACCCCAACAUUGUCAACUUCCUAGAUAGUUUCCUUGUUGGAGACGAGCUUUUUGUGGUGAUGGAGUACCUGGCCGGUGGCUCGCUGACUGACGUUGUGACGGAGACGUGCAUGGAUGAGGCUCAGAUUGCUGCCGUCUGCAGAGAGGUCCUUCAGGCUCUGGAGUUUCUUCAUGCCAACCAGGUCAUCCACAGAGACAUCAAGAGUGACAACGUACUCCUGGGGAUGGACGGAUCGGUUAAACUCACUGACUUUGGCUUCUGUGCUCAGAUCACCCCAGAGCAGAGCAAACGUAGCACCAUGGUGGGGACUCCGUACUGGAUGGCUCCAGAGGUGGUGACCAGGAAAGCCUACGGGCCCAAAGUGGACAUUUGGUCUCUGGGGAUUAUGGCCAUAGAGAUGGUGGAAGGAGAGCCUCCAUAUCUCAAUGAGAACCCUCUUAGGGCGUUGUAUUUAAUCGCCACCAAUGGGACUCCUGAGCUGCAGAGUCCAGAGAAGCUGUCUCCUGUCUUCAGAUCCUUCCUGUCUCGCUGUCUGGAGAUGGACGUGGAGAAACGAGGGUCCGGCAGAGAACUGCUGCAGCAUCCGUUCCUGAGGCUGGCCAAGCCUCUGUCCAGCCUCACCCCGCUCAUCCUGGCAGCCAAGGAGGCCAUGAGGAGCAACCGCUAAACCUCCGUCUCUAAGGACUGUAGGAGCAAACUGCAGCCUCCAGAUUCUUCCACAGGUCUACAUUUGAUGACCAUCAGCAACCUGCGAUUUUUUUAUUUUCUGAAAUGAUCAUAAAAUGCUGCUUCACUCUCCUCAGUGUUUCCGUGCUGAUUAUAUAUUUAUCUGACCUUUGUGCCUUGUUCUAAAGCUGCACACAGCCAUAGCAUGUCUCUGUUUCUUGCAGCUACAGCAUGUGUGUGCGUUUGUUCAUGUUGACACUGGUUACUAUGCAUAUCAGGAAUGCAGGAGCACUGUUAUCCUAGGCACUUUGCACACCCAGGUCCAUUUUCACAGAGAAUCUUAUCUUAGUGCUGGGAAUUGAACUAAAAAGGUAUUUAAAGUUCCCAGCAAAAGUUUCAACAAACUCCUCAGAGAAGGGAAAGUAAAAUGUUAUCAUACCACAGGAGCAGACUGGAGCAGCUUGUCUUUUUUUUUUUUAAAUAGAAAUUUCACAUCCUUCAGCCUUUAUUGUGAAAUUUUUUUUAAAAUAUCAGAUCAAAAUUUUACAACAAGAAUGAUCUUGUUUCUCUUUUUUUUUAUGCCAGGAUUCUGCUCUGCGAACUUUGCAACUAGUUCCUAUGGUUUUUGUUGCUACGGUUACAUGUGUGCUCUCUGACUGGGUCCAAUGGGUUUUUUUUUUUCUUUUGCAAGUGGCAUGAAAAACCAUAGUGUGCUACAACUGUGCUGUACUGUGGCCCAGAGUGGGACAGUGCAGUCUUUGUACCGUGGAAAAGCCACGCCAGUGUUCUCGCUUCACCCUGCAUCUCACCGAAUCUCGACCAUUCCAGUAAAAGGUGGGAGUUUGAGUUACUUUCAGUCUGUUUUUGUACGUGAAACAUUUAAUUUUUUUUAUACUUGUAGCUGAAAAAUGUCCAGAUUUUAUAAAUGUCCUGUCCUCUGGUGGUAGUAGAGGGUGUUGCGGGACACCAAGCCAUUUACAAACUUUAUAAAACUCUGAUUUCCAACUUUCUAUGCAGGGGCUUCUACAAACUAUGCAAACCAAUCAGAACACUGAAUGCCUUUUAGCUUACUGUGUCGAAACUUCACAUUUCUCUUUUUGUCUUUAGCUGUGCCUCCUGUAAUAAAUACCUUACUGUUGGUGUGAGCACAACACAGAUACUGUAUGAAACUGUAUGUCAGCGUGUCAAACUGGAGGAAGACUGCCUUUUUUAAAACAUUUUUUUGUAUAUUAUGUAAUGUCCUGUAUUUUUAACAGCUUUGACUAUGUAUAUCGUUGUUUUGUAUUUGUGACUAACAUCGGUUCAACUGCAGUUAUGGGCUCCGCACCAUUUAAUGUAUUGAAAUGCCUGAGACACUCCGACCUGAAUUAAGCAGUAUUUGGAAAUAAUUAUUUGUGUUGGCGCAUCGGAUGAGUUUUGGCUUGUACCUCAUUUUCCAGAAAGUUUAAAACAAUCGCUGGAGAACAUUCAAAAAUGGCUCCUGACCAAAACACACAUUCCAGUUAUACGUGUAAUAUGUGUGAUUGAAGUGUGAAUCGAAUGUGUUUUUGUUUAUCAUGACACCGACAACUUUUGGCAUUGAAUAAAAUCCAGACAAUUUGUAAGUUAUGAUUAAAGUCGGACCUGAAUGUG